AUGGGGAACAACAAUGGUACAUAUGAAGCAUUACUAGAAGAAACUAAACAAUUGCUUAUGCAAAGAACUGGCAUGUCACAAUAUGACCUAGAAUUAUGGUACAAAGCAAUAUUCGAUCGAUCAAAAAAAGGAAAAUUAUCUAAAGAACAAAUGAUUGCAAUUUAUAAAGAUAUGAGUGAACUUGAUUCAGCACGUAUUACCGAAGUUGUUGAUUCAUUAGAAAGAGUUUUUGAUGAAGAUCAUAGUGGUACUGUUGAUAUCAAUGAAUUUAUGCGAGGUUUUAUUUUAACAACAAAAGGUGAUUUAGAAUCAAAAAUAGAUUAUACAUUUCGAAUCUAUGACAAAAAUGGUGAUAAUCAAAUAUCUGGUGAUGAAAUUAAAAAAAUGGCAGAUGCUAUUUUACGAAUGUUAGGUAGUGAUGAAAAACAAAAUGAUAAUGCAUCACAUGCUAUUGUUCAACAAUUUCUGGGACAAUUUACAGGUGGUGAAAAAGGAGUUAUUUAUAAACAUGAUUUCAUUAGAACAGUUAUGAACAAUCAAGAACUUUUAGCACUUAUUUCACCAUUUUGCGCUUGUUCACAUCAUUAUCACCGUUAUUGGUGA